AUGGAGAAAUUACGUCUCCUCCGUGUGUCAAAGGAGCCUCAACGGCUUCCAAAAGACUUUUAUGACCAAACUCGACAUAAGAAACGGGAGUCAAAAGAACGGUCGCUGACAGUGGAGUUGGAAAAAGUGAGGGAGGAAAGUGUCGGGCACCUGCAAGUUGUGCAAGACCUGCAGAAUCAACUGAUGGAUGCAAGGACGCAACUGAAACGGGAGAUUAAGGAAAAGGAGACGCUUCAGGUGGAGUUUGAAGGCAUCACAAAGAAAAAUAACACUCUGACAAGACAGCUGGAGACGGAGACUGUUGAGGUGGCCAGACUUCAAUUCCUGGACAAAGUAAACCAAGCAAUCGAGCAUCGUGCAGCUCAACAAGACGAACAUGAGCUGUUGCUUAUCAGCGAUAAAGAUGAGGAAAUACAGAAGCUGACCUGUGCUGGGAAAAUUGCUUAUUAUCAGGAACAGUUAGAAGAAUGUCACAUCCUAACAACCGAUUUGAAGCAAUCACUCUAUGAUCGUAAACACCAGCAAGAGGAGGAGAUACUAGCUGGCGUUGAUCUUCAGCACCAGGUAAGAGAAGGUCAGGAACUCAUCAGGGAUAAAGAUGAGGAAAUACAGAAUCUGACCUGUGCUGGAGAAGAGUUGAGUCAAGCACUGCAUGAUCUUAAGACAAAGGAAGUCUCUCUGAGUGAGCAGAACAGGAAUGCCACCAAUGAGGUGUCUCAACUUGAGUCUCUGAAUGAGAAUCUGCGGAAACAAGUUCAAGAACUGCAGAAAAACGGGAAAAUCACAGCUGAUGAGAACCAGAGCCUUAUCGCGAAGGUGGCUCGCAUUGAAUCACUGAGACAAGCAGAGACUGAACAAUUACAACGGAGUGAGGAACUCAUCAGGGAUAAAGAUGAGGAAAUACAGAAUCUGACCUGUGCUGGAGAAGAGAUGAGUCAAGCACUGCAUGAUCUUCAGACAAAGGAAGUCUCUCUGAGUGAGCAGAACAGGAACGCCACCAAUGAGGUGUCUCAACUUGAGUCUCUGAAUGAGAAUCUGCGGAAACAAGUUCAAGAACUGCAGAAAAACGGGAAAAUCACAGCUGAUGAGAACCAGAGCCUUAUCGCGAAGGUGGCUCGCAUUGAAUCACUGAGACAAGCAGAGACUGAACAUCUGUUGGCAGCAGUCCGUGAUCUUCAGCACCAGGUAAGAGAAAGUCAGGAACUCAUCAGGGAUAAAGAUGAGGAAAUACAGAAUCUGACCUGUGCUGGAGAAGAGAUGAGUCAAGCACUGCAUGAUCUUCAGACAAAGGAAGUCUCUCUGAGUGAGCAGAACAGGAACGCCACCAAUGAGGUGUCUCAACUUGAGUCUCUGAAUGAGAAUCUGCGGAAACAAGUUCAAGAACUGCAGAAAAACGGGAAAAUCACAGCUGAUGAGAACCAGAGCCUUAUCGCGAAGGUGGCUCGCAUUGAAUCACUGAGACAAGCAGAGACUGAACAUCUGUUGGCAGCAGUCCGUGAUCUUCAGCACCAGGUAAGAGAAAGUCAGGAACUCAUCAGGGAUAAAGAUGAGGAAAUACAGAAUCUGACCUGUGCUGGAGAAGAGAUGAGUCAAGCACUGCAUGAUCUUCAGACAAAGGAAGUCUCUCUGAGUGAGCAGAACAGGAACGCCACCAAUGAGGUGUCUCAACUUGAGUCUCUGAAUGAGAAUCUGCGGAAACAAGUUCAAGAACUGCAGAAAAACGGGAAAAUCACAGCUGAUGAGAACCAGAGCCUUAUCGCGAAGGUGGCUCGCAUUGAAUCACUGAGACAAGCAGAGACUGAACAAUUACAACGGAGUGAGGAACUCAUCAGGGAUAAAGAUGAGGAAAUACAGAAUCUGACCUGUGCUGGAGAAGAGAUGAGUCAAGCACUGCAUGAUCUUCAGACAAAGGAAGUCUCUCUGAGUGAGCAGAACAGGAACGCCACCAAUGAGGUGUCUCAACUUGAGUCUCUGAAUGAGAAUCUGCGGAAACAAGUUCAAGAACUGCAGAAAAACGGGAAAAUCACAGCUGAUGAGAACCAGAGCCUUAUCGCGAAGGUGGCUCGCAUUGAAUCACUGAGACAAGCAGAGACUGAACAUCUGUUGGCAGCAGUCCGUGAUCUUCAGCACCAGGUAAGAGAAAGUCAGGAACUCAUCAGGGAUAAAGAUGAGGAAAUACAGAAUCUGACCUGUGCUGGAGAAGAGAUGAGUCAAGCACUGCAUGAUCUUAAGACAAAGGAAGUCUCUCUGAGUGAGCAGAACAGGAACGCCACCAAUGAGGUGUCUCAACUUGAGUCUCUGAAUGAGAAUCUGCAGAAAAACGGGAAAAUCACAGCUGAUGAGAACCAGAGCCUUAUCGCGAAGGUGGCUCGCAUUGAAUCACUGAGACAAGCAGAGACUGAACAAUUACAACGGAGUGAGGAACUCAUCAGGGAUAAAGAUGAGGAAAUACAGAAUCUGACCUGUGCUGGAAAAGAGAUGAGUCAAGUACUGCAUGAUCUUCAGACAAAGGAAGUCUCUCUGAGUGACCAGUACAGGAGGGCCAUCGAUGAGCUGGCUCGACUUGAGUCUUUGACAGCAAAACAAAAUGAGGAGACGGGAAACCUGAAGACAGCUGUUCAGGAUCUCCAGUCCCAAGUGGAGCUGGCUAAUGAUCAAAUCUGCCAAAUGGACGAGCACAAAGCCAUCCAAACCAGGAAAAUUGCUUAUUAUCAGGAACAGUUAGAAGAAUGUUACAUCCUAACAACCGAUUUGAAGCAAUCAGUCCGUGAUCUUAAACACCAGCAAGAGGCGAGGCAAGAGGAGGAGAUAGUAGCUGGCGUUGGGCAGCAGGGAGAUGAGAAUUUCUCUGAGACGACAUCUGGGUAUCAGAGCGAUGAGAGCCUCCCAGAGUCUCCAGCUUCUGUGUCUCGGACCAGAAGUUUCUUGUGCCGUUCUGCUAAAUGUCUGCUGAAAGUAGGUCUCCCGCUUGCCAUCACCGCUGUGGGUGUAGGCCCAGGGUGUAACUACCUGAUGGACUAUACCUACUGCCAGCUACUGCCCUACGCCAACAACUUUGAAUUGCCUUUCAUGUAAACUACAAUCCCUACAAACUACAACUCCACUUUAAAUCCUAACAACAAAGUAAUUUAUAAAUAUAGAUUAUGAAUGUGAUAAACAUAAAUGGUUCAGGAGGUAGAGAGGUUCGUCUGCUAAUCGUGAAGAUUAGUAGUUCGGUCCCCGGCUCCUCCAGUCCGCAGGUUGAAGUGUCCUUGGGCAAGAUACUGAUCCCAAAAUUGCUCCCGAAGGCUGUGCCAUCGGUGUGUGAAUGAGCUUUUUGUGUGAAUGUUUAAAAAAAAAAAUUAAAUAAAUAAAUAAAUAAAUAAUAACAACAAGAAUUUGGAAAAGGAAUUGAAUCUGUAAAAUGAAAAAGACAUUAAAUAAGAACACUUGAGUAUCAUAAUAAUGACAACAUUGAAAAACGAAAUACAAAAUGAACACUUU